CAGUGGCUGCGACCAAGGAGGAGGAUGUGGACCACGCACGGGUUGGCAGUGGCUCUGGCUUUGAGCUUGUUGCCGGGAGGCCGGGCGCUGCAGCCAGGCAACUGCGAAGUGUGCGUUUCUUUUCUGGGAAGAUUCUACCAGGACCUGAAGGACAGAGAUGUCACGUUCUCCCCGGCCACUAUUGAAAAAGAAGAGAAUUGUUUGUGCUAUUACAUCAGGGCCACAGACGAUGCGGCCACCAAGAUCAUCAACGAGGUGUCGAAGCCCCUCGCCCACCACACCCCCGUGGAGAAGAUCUGUGAGAAGCUCAAGAAGGACGGCCAGAUCUGCGAGCUCAAGUACAACAGGCAGAUCGACCUGAGCAGCGUGGAUCUGAAGAAGCUCCGGGUUAAAGAGCUGAAGAAGGUACUGGACGACUCGGGAGAGACGUGCAAAGGCUGUGCCGAGAAGUCCGACUACAUCCGGAAGGUUCAUGAACUGAUGCUGAAAUACGCGCCCAAGGCGGCCAGUUCUCAGACUGAUUUGUAG